UUUUUCUGAGGACGUUUUUAUUUCAUUGCUCUCCAUUUAUCCAAACACUUGAAAAAGUGAUGUCAAUAAUUAAAUCAAGGGAUAGCGCCGAAGCUGGUGCAAAGCGUGUGUCGCAAUGGGAAGAUUUGAUGAGAAAGUUUUCAGAAGCUCACAACGUGGAAUGCAAAACCAUAUCUUUGGAUAUCCCCCGGGUCCAGCGAUCAAUGAAGAAGUUUCCCACGGGCUCCCAGUACGAAGGCACGUGGGACAUGUUAGGAAUGAGCGGCUAUGGUGUAUACAAGUUUCUAAACGAUGUUGUGUAUGAAGGGGAAUUCGAUGAUGGGAUGUUCCAUGGUGAAGGACAAUUAGUAUAUCCAAGUGGUACUAUCCUUCGUGGCACCUGGAACAAAGGUCAUUUGACUGAACGGAAACUCAUCUUUGCUGAUGGCUUGGAGUACAACGAAAUAGAUUGGAAAUAUUGUAGAAUGCCAGAUAGGAGGUACACUAUAGAAUACGACGAUGGCUUAAAACCAGCUGGUAAAUCGUAUUUGACAGCAGAUCAGCCUUCGCGACCAGUACCACCUGGCUAUUAUGACACGGGAGACGGCUUUUAUGAUCCUAAGACCAAAGUUGUAUACAAAGUAGAAGAUCUGAAUGCUAUAAUAAGAUCACCAUCAGUGCGCGAACAGAAAUGGAUAAUCGAGAACUGCCGUACAUCACCAGAUCUUCCGCUUGGACCUCGCAAAGAUCUUUACGAAGAGUGGCUCGAACCGCAAGUAAGCCUCCCCAAGCCUCCACCACCGGCGUCUACAUCUCGGGCGACACAAUCAACGCAGCCAGCAAAUGAACUGGAGCCCGAAAUUGAGGUGACAUUUAAAAACUUAGAAAAAGAUGAGUCUGAAUCAUCAUGCAGCUCCGAUUAAAAUACUCUAUAAAUUCGAUCAACACUGUUAAAAUAAUAUUUAAUUAUUGCUGUCAUUACUAGGUUAAGAAAUUGAUAUCUAAUUAA